AUGCCUUCUGCCAACACCAACAACCAUCGCCGCAGCACCUCCCGCGGCAACCCCCCUCUGCCCCCUCCCCCUCUCACCGCGGCCUCGUCAGUCUACUCACAACAGUCCAACGCCGCCUCCGUCCCUGUGUCCCGCCCCCGUCCCACCUCGUCAGCCUUCUUCCACCCCACGGCCACCUCCAACCCCUCCCUCAAUCGUCUCACCGCCCGCCAGUCCGGCGUCGGUAUCGACCAGAACCGAGAAGACGGCGCCGCCUACGCGCACGCCCCGGGCAGCAGCACCCCCGGCAAGUCCGGUAAUAAGCCCUCCUCCCCACGCUCGUCGUCGUCGUCUUCGACUUCCCUCCGGAACCAGGUCCUCCGCGUCGACGCCGCCUCCAUGCCCGCGGGAGCCAAGGUGGGGCUCUGGCUGAUGGGGACGACGCCGCGGAGGAUGGAGAAGGCGGCGCGGCAGCAGCAGGAGAGGCGGGCGCGGGAGCGGGAGGAGAAGCGGGCCCGGGGAGCGGCGAAGAACAUGAGGAGGAGCAAGAGCGAGGACGGGAGCGGCGGGGACGGCCGGUUGGGCGAGGAGUGGGAGAGGACGCUUGAGGGGGAGGGAGAGUGA